GGAAGUCAUUCAGAAAGAAGGGUUAAAAGAAACAAGUCUGGUUUCAGACCCCGGCAUGGCUUGGAGACAGCGUUGGUGUGUAUGAAGGAUCUUCCUCGAAUGAAGGAUUUGGGACAACUUUCCAUGAUGAUUAUAUUAGAGCCUCAGCUGCUUUCGUGUUGGUCAUGAGGUGAUGCUGAACCGAAUGCUUGAACUAGCAGGAGUGGCUGGGAUUGCAUUGGAGUGGUUCCGUUCAUUCCUUCCGGAAAUGGAACUUCUCCAUUAGCCUGUCUGAAUGCAAUGCUUCACACUAACACUCGAAUAGGGGAUGGAACAUUCUUCAAAAUCCCUGGAAAGUCAGGCCUCUAUGCUCUCAAAAAAGAGGAGUCAUCAUGCCCAGCUGACGGAACAUUGGAUUUAGGCUGUGAGUCUGAACUGGAUGGCGCAGAAAUGGCAGAGGCCAAUGCCAGUGGAGAAGGAGAUGGAGUUUGUGCGAAGCAGGUAACUGAUGAAGCGUCUUCCACUCGAGAUUCAAGCCUUACUAACACAGCAGUGCAAAGCAAGUUGGCGUCUUCCUUUCAGCAACACACCAAAAAGGCUCUUAAACAGGCUUUGAGACAGCAGCAGAAGAGAAGAAAUGGAGUCUCAAUGAUGGUAAACAAGACUGUCCCGCGUGUUGUUUUGACACCAUUAAAGGUGUCUGAUGAGCAGUCGGAUUCGCCUUCAGGAUCCGAAUCUAAAAAUGGUGAAGCAGACAGUUCAGAUAAAGAAAUGAAACAUGGGCAAAAAUCUCCCACUGGAAAACAAACAAGUCAGCACUUAAAACGAUUAAAAAAGUCUGGUUUGGGACACUUGAAAUGGACCAAAGCUGAGGACAUUGACAUAGAAACCCCAGGAUCUAUUCUUGUCAACACUAACUUGAGGGCAUUAAUAAAUAAACAUACGUUUGCUUCCUUACCUCAGCAUUUUCAACAAUACCUCCUGCUUUUGCUCCCAGAAGUGGAUAGGCAGAUGGGAAGUGAUGGAAUUUUACGCCUCAGUUCUUCAGCACUAAAUAAUGAAUUCUUUGCAUAUGCAGCUCAAGGAUGGAAACAGCGACUGGCAGAAGGAGAGUUUACUCCAGAAAUGCAGUUGCGGAUAAGGCAAGAAAUUGAGAAGGAAAAGAAAACAGAACCUUGGAAAGAAAAAUUCUUUGAAAGGUUUUAUGGAGAAAAGUUGGGCAUGUCAAGAGAGGAAUCGAUGAAGCUCACUUCUGGACCAAACAGUGAUGGAGCUGAAAGUAGUUCAUGUGGAACCUCUGGCCUUCCAGGUCUUUCUGCACAGACUCCCUUAGAAGAGCAACAGUCAAAAAGCAUGAAAAGUCCAACUUCUCCAGAGCCUGAUUUCUGUGCUACGCUUUGUCCUAUGGUAGAUGUAGGUAAAGAUGUGAUGGCAGAAUCAGAAUCAGAAGAUAUCUUGAUCCCUGAAGAAUCUGUGAUUCAGGAGGAGAUUGCAGAAGAGGUAGAGACUAGUAUCUGUGAAUGUCAGGAUGAAAAUCAUAAGACAAUACCUGAAUUUUCUGAGGUGUCUGAAAGUCCAGCCAACUCUCAUGAAGAGCCCCAAGUAACACCUCCUGAAGAUAACUUGGAAUCCUGUGUUAUGAUGAAUGAUGUUUUAGAAACUUUGCCUCAUAUUGAAGUGAAGGUGGAAGAGAAAUCCGAAUCUUCCCAGGAAGAAAUGUCAGUUGUUAUCGAUCAGCUAGAAGUCUGUGACUCUCUCGUUCCUUCCACUUCAUCUGUGACUCACGUCAGUGACACAGAACAUAAGGAGCCAGAAGCUGCAAUAGAGACCAAUAUUCCAGAAAUAAAAACAGGGGCAUCUUCUUUAGAAGGCCGAUUUCCCAAUGAAGGAAUUGCUGUAGAUAUGGAACUACAGAGUGAUCCUGAUGAACAGCUUUCUGAAAAUGCUUGCAUCUCUGAAACUUCCUUCUCUUCCGAGAGCCCAGAGGGAGGCUGUACCAGCCUGACAUCCCCAGGAGGGGAAACCCAAUCCACCUCAGAGGAAUCAUGUACUCCAGCCUCCCUUGAGACAACGUUUUGUUCUGAGGUGUCCAGCACUGAAAACACAGACAAAUAUAAUCAGAGAAAUCCCCCUGAUGAAAACCUUCAUGCAUCUUUGAUGUCAGAAAUAUCUCCAGUAUCCACUUCACCUGAAAUAUCAGAGGCAUCUCUGAUGUCCAGUUUACCUUUGACAUCUGAAGCAUCCCCCAUAUCAAAUCUACCUUUAACAUCAGAAACAUCCCCCAUGUCUGAUUUACCUUUGACAUCAGAAACGUCUUCAGUGUCUUCCAUGCUUCUCACACCUGAGACCACUUUUAUAUCCAGUUUGCCACUUCCUUCAGAAACAUCUCCAAUUUCUAAUUCUUCCAUGAAUGAAAGAAUGGUGCAUCAGCAAAGAAAGUCUCCUUCCCUAUCUGAAGAACCACUCUCCCCACAGAAAGAUGAAGGUUCUGCCCCUGCCAAGCCACUGGGAGAGAGCCUUCUCUCUCAACAGAAGACUCUAUCACAUACUCCUGAACCCAUCAAAAUGGGUUCCUCCAUUGUUCCUGAAGCAUUUCCAUCUGAAGACUUGCACAGUAAGACUCUGAAUCAGCAGCCUUGUAAAUCCCAUGUUGAAACUGAAAAGCCCUAUCCUGCUUCAAUUCCAGAACUUCCUUCUAUAGAAAUGAUAAAAGUAAAAAAUCACAAUGUCCUGCAAAGAACAGAAAGGAAAGGGGCAUCUUCACCAUUGGAGUUACCUGUCUUUUCUGAAGAGAUGGAGAAUAAGGGAAAUGAGCUUCCAUCAGCUAAAUUACAGGACAAGCAAUAUGUCUCAUCAGUGGAUAAGGCUUCAUUUUCGGAAGGCUCUAGAAAUAAAACACAUAAGCAAGGGGGCUCACAGAAUCGGUUGGAGACCUCGCAUUCUUCCAAGUUGUCAGAGCCCUCCAAGUCACCCGAUGGGGUAAGAAAUGAAAGUAGAGAAUCAGAGAUAUCGAAGAGGAAGACUGCAGAGCAACACAGUUUUGGAAUCUGUAAGGAAAAGAGGGCUAGGAUAGAAGAUGAUCAGUCAACCCGGAACUUACCAUCCAGCAGCCCACCUGAGAAAGAACAGCCUCCAAGAGAGGAGCCCAGAGUUCCGCCUCUCAAGAUCCAGCUUUCCAAAAUUGGGCCACCUUUCAUUAUCAAGAGCCAGCCAGUCUCCAAACCAGAGUCUCGAGCAUCCCCUAGCACAUCGGUCGGCGGUGGGAGGAACACAGGAGCCAGGACCCUUGCAGACAUCAAGGCCCGGGCCCAGCAAGCGAGGGCCCAGCGAGAGGCGGCCGCGGCAGCUGCUGUAGCCGCCGCGGCGAGCAUCGUCUCGGGAGCCAUGGGGAGCCCAGGAGAGGGUGGAAAGGCGAGAACCCUGGCACAUAUCAAAGAGCAGACAAAGGCGAAGCUCUUUGCAAAGCAUCAAGCCCGAGCCCACCUCUUCCAGAACACUAAAGAGUCCCGGUUGCCUCCGCUCGGCUCAAAGGAAGGGCCUCCAAGCUUAGAAGUCUCUUCUACCCCUGAAACAAAAAUUGAGGGGUCAACCGGCGUGAUUAUUGUCAAUCCAAACUGCAGAUCUCCUAGCAACAAGUCUGCGCACCUCCGGGAGACCACCACUGUAUUACAGCAGUCUCUUAACCCAGCUAAACUUCCAGAAACUGCCACGGACUUAUCUGUGCAUAGUUCUGACGAGAAUAUACCCAUGUCACAUUUAUCUGAGAAAAUUGUUUCAUCUACCUCUUCUGAAAAUAGCAGUGUGCCCAUGCUUUUUAAUAAAAAUUCUGUCCCUGUGUCUGUUUGCAGCACUGCUAUGUCGGGAGCAAUUAAAGAACAUCCCUUUGUGAGUUCUGUUGAUAAAUCCUCUGUUCUAAUGUCUGUCGACAGUGCAAACACCACAAUUUCUGCUUGUAAUAUAAGCAUGUUGAAAACCAUCCAGGGAACGGACACUCCGUGCAUAGCCAUUAUACCAAAAUGUAUUGAAAGCACUCCUGUCCCCGUCCCGGCCGAGGGCUGCAGUGUCUCGAGCCCCACGGACGACAAGCAGUUGCUACUGUCCGGCCACAGUGCUGGUAACCUGGUCCCCAGCCAGUAUGCCUCCGUGCCAACUCCCUCCGUUGGAAAUAACUUGCCAAACCAUCCAUCCACGAGCUCCGUCUUGAUUCCCCCGACGGGACUUAGCGGCAGAUUUCCUUCUGAGAAGCUAGCCAUGCCUGGGAGUGAAGAACAGCCCCCCGGGCCCCUGGGUACCACUGUGAGAGCCGCCCUGAGCUGCAGGGAGUCGGCCGCGGCCACAGACGCUCUGGCCGCACGCCCACCUGUUGCAGUGUUUACUGGAAGCAUGCUGACCGUAAACUCCUACGAGAGUCCUCCCAAGUUAAGCGCGGAGAGCUCGGACAAACAUUCCGGGCCUCGAAACAGGGCAGACGGUUCUGGGAAACCUCAGCCACCUGCGGGGGGCUUCGCACCAGCAGCCGUAAACAGGUCGAUCCCGUGUAAAGUCAUCGUGGACCACAGCGCCACGCUGACCUCCACUCUGUCUCUGACCGUCUCCAUCGAGAGCGCAGACGCCACCUUGGACCUCCAGAGCAGGUCCGCGAGGACAGAAGCCUCCGCGCAGCCCGUGGCGUGCCCCCAGGUGUCUGUCAUCAGCAGGCCCGAGGCGGCUGCCCCCGAAGGCGUAGACCACGGCUCGGGUUUCCUCAGCGCCGCCGCGGCGAAGCAGGAGCGCACCACGGCGCCGGCAGCCUGCUCGGGGCUCCGGGAAGGAGCCCUGGUGCUUCCGGACAAACGAAGCGAAGGGCCCGCUCCUAGUGCUGGCUUUGCCGAGCAGGCACGCGGCCCCGCCGCUUUCCAAAGUGAAGCCGACCCGAGCUGCAGCAGUCGGUACAACCCAGGCAGCCGGAUUUGCUGGAACGAUGAGGGCCUGCGGAGCGCAGGGCAGCCCCUGGGUGGUCACCCUGCUUCAGGUAAACAGAGGGAGUAUCUGGAGCAGAGCUGCCCGAAGGCCGUCAAAACUGAGCACACCAGCUACUCCCACAUGUCAGAACUUCACCCCAGGAGUCUCCUAACGAGCGUCACUCUCCCCGUGAAGUCCGAACCUCAUGAAGUGGACAAGGGCUUGAGAAUGGACACUGAAGACUUCCCCGGCCCUGAGCUGCCUCCUGCGGCCGCGGAGGUCGCCCCCAGCCUGCCGCAGACGCAGACCGUGAAGGCUCCCUCCUCUGGCCCCAUGGAAGAGGCCAUUUCCUUGGCUACAGACCCCCUGAAAAGAGUCCCCAGCGCAGGGGGCUCCGGCGGCCGGCUGUCCUCUGUGGAGGCUAACAAUCCACUGGUGACACAGCUACUCCAGGGCAACCUGCCUUUGGAAAAGGUGUUGCCUCAGCCCAGACUGGGAGCCAAGCUCGAGAUCAGCAGGCUCCCUCUGCCUCUUCAAACUACCUCAGCGGGGAAGACAGCACCGGAGAGGACCAUCGUCGAAAUGCCGUCCAGCUCUCCGAACCCGGACGGGAAGGGCUACCUGGCGGGGACCCUCGCGCCACUACAGAUGAGAAAGCGAGACAACCACCCCAAAAAGAGAGUCGCCAGGACUGUGGGGGAGCACGCUCAAGUUAAAUGCGAGCCGGGGAAAUUGUUGGUGGAGCCAGAUGCGAAAGGGGUGCCUUGUGUCAUCAGCUCGGGCCUGACCCCGCUAGGAGGACACAGCCAGCCGUUUAAGCAGGAGUGGCUGAACAAGCAUCCCAUGCAGAACAGAAUUGUUCAUAGCCCUGAGGUCAAACAGCAGAAGCGGCUUCUCCCCUCCUGUAGCUUCCAGCAGAACCUCUUCCACGUCGAGAAGAACGGCAGCUUCCACCCUGAUGCUGGUACCUCACACAGACAGCAGUUUUACCAAAUGCCUGUGGCUGCCAGGGGUCCCAUUCCGAGUGUAGCCCUGUUACAGGCCUCUGCCAAGAGCCCCGUGGGCUGCAAUGCGUUUGCCUUCAACAGGCAUCUUGAACAGAAGGCACUGGGAGAGGUUGGCCAUUCUUCUGCACCACACCAGCUAAGAGACUGGUAG